AUAUACUUAUGUUACUCCACCUUGCUCUCCUCAUCCCUAAACACAAAUCCGAGCUUCGGUGAGAGCGACAGGGAGCAGAACACAGGCGAUGCAUCUCUACAACGCAUGGCUUCCUCCGGCGGUGGCGGCCGAGACGAGGCGGGAGACGGAGUCCUUCGCGGCCGUUGUGAGAUCGGUGAAGGAAACGUGGCGACAGGACGACCCCGACUCCGUUUUUGCUACCCUUAAGUGGAUCGCCGUAAUCGAAGUUUUCGUUAAAGCAAAGAGUGAAGUUUCUCCAGAAGACGUGAGGGAGCUCCUGGUGUUUGGUUUGGAUUUGUUUCAUUCAUCCCAGAACAAACUACAUGUCCAGGUUAGAUGGGGAAAUGUCUUGGUCAAGCUUUUAAAGAAGCAUGGAAAGAAGCUAGAAUUAAGCAUUGAUUGGAGACCCUUCUACGACUGUUUGACAAUCACACAUUUUAAGAGAAAUACUGGUCCUGAAGGAUGGAGAUUAAGGCAACGCCAUUUUGAGAUGGUGACAUCUCUUGUUCGAUCCUGUAGGAAGUUCUUUCCUGUAGGUGCUGCAGCUGAGAUUUGGUCAGAAUUUAAGGUGUCAAUGGAAAACCCAUGGCAUAACUCGGCAUUUGAAGGUUCAGGAUUUGUGCAACUAUUCCUUCCUGUUAACUUGGAGAAUCAGAAUUACUAUACAAGCUGUUGGAUUAAGGAAUGCCUUGAUCUUUGGGAGACAUUACCAAACUGUCAGUUUUGGGAUAUUCAGUGGACUUCUAUUCUUGCACGUUGCAUAAAGACUUGCAAAGCCAUUGACUGGGAACAAUUUUUACCUACACUUUUUUCACGAUUCUUGAACAUGUUUGAGGUUCCUGUAUCGAGUGGUAGUGGUUCAUAUCCCUUUCCUCUGGAAGUCCCCAGAAAUAUGAAGUUCUUGUUUUCUAGCAAAAGUGGCGUACUUGCUAAGGCUAUUGGGAAGUCCAUUGUAUAUCUCCUGAGGCCAGGUAGCCCAGCACAAGAGCACUUUGAGUGCUUAGCAAAUCUUCUAGAACAAUAUUAUCAUCCUUCAAAUGGAGGUCGAUGGACUUACUCCUUGGAACAAUUUCUUCGAUACUUAGUAAUUAACUUCCAGAAGCGUCUCCAACAUGAGCAACGUAACUCAAGCCAAAGUAAAUCCCCUGACUUUUUCUUGGGAAAGUUGGAAAGGGCUUUGUUUGUUGAAGUGAUGCUAAAACCAAUAGAUCGUGGUCAGUAGUAUAGCAAGAAUGAUCCCUCCUUAGUGCUUCCAUUUGUUGCAUCUAGGUGUCAGAUAACCUUAGAAAGUUUGACUGCCACCCACCAAUUGAAAUCUGCUGUCACAUCCAUGGCAUUUACUAGUCGGGCACUUUUUCUUGCUUCUCUCUGUGCUUCUCAAACAGAUGAUGAGGUUUGUUACUAUGAGUCAUUGCCGGAGCUGAUAGUAGUAUCACUCUCCAAUGCACUACUUGGCAUGGAUGCUAAUGAUCCUCCAAAAACAAUGGCAACAAUGCAGUUGAUUGGUUCCAUAUUUUCCAGUAUAACUAUGAUUUCUGGUAACAAUGAUGGUCAUUCGUUCCUGCAAAGCAUCAAUUUUUCAGAAUGGCUAGAUGAGUUCUUUUGCCAUUUGUUCUCUCUCCUUCAGCAUUUGGAACAGUCUAGUGUGACCAAUGAUGUUCCAUUAAACUCAACAUCAUCAAGAACAUUUCUUGCAGAGAGUCCAUACUACUUUUGUAUGCUCAAAAUCUUGCUUGGAAAAUUGCCAAAAACACUAUCUGAUCAGGCCUUGAGGAAAAUAUCCAUCUUUGUGAACUCAAAUAUUCUUCCUGGAGCUACGACUGAAGUUGGGCUUCUUUGUUGUGCCUCUGUUUUGUCAAACUCUGAAGAGGCAGCAGUCCACCUUAUUAAACCAAUCUUAAUGACCAUAUUAUCCUCUUUUGAAGGUUCCCCAGUCACAGAUUUUGGUGGUGAAAGAAAUUUUAAUGCAGCUCUAACUAGAAAGGCUAUGCUUUCGCCUGCACUUGAAACAACAUUGGAGUAUCAUCUAAAAGUUCUUGCAAUAGCCAUAACUUAUGGAGGACCAGUGCUAUUGCAGUUUCGAGAUGAACUGAAGUUAGCAAUUAGAUGUGCAUUUCAGGCCCCUUCCUGGAAGGUAAAUGGAGCUGGCAAUCAUAUCCUUUGCUCUCUUCUUGCAAGUCUGAUUCUCUAUUACCCUAUUGACCAGUUUAAGUCGUCUUCUAGUAAGCCUGUGAUUUCAUUUAUAGAAGAAUGGCUUUGUAGCAAAGUUAGCGAGAAUGAAAAAGUGGUACCCCUUCCUUGGUGGCAUAUUCCUACUCAUGAUGAACUCUCCUUUGUAACUGAACUCUUGGAUAUUCAUUUCCAAUCAGCUCUUGAUGAUCUUUCCAAGAUUUGCCAUACAAAAAUGGCCAUGGAGGCAGGGGAUGAGAAGGAACAUUUGAAGGUGACGCUAUUGCGUAUUUACUCUUCUUUGCAAGGUGUAAUGUCAUGCUUGCCUGAUAUGCACCCUUCCUGCAAGAAUAGAGAAGCGAAAGUAGUUGAUUUUGAUAGUUUUGUUAUUGCUGGGGCUGUUGGACCAAGUAUUGGUAGUGCAGAAAUGAGGGAGAGGGCUGCUCAGCAAAUACAUGCAGCAUGCAGAUAUUUACUGAAAGAAUGGUCUGAAGAUAGUGUACUUCUAAUACUUAUCAUUCGUAUAAUAGAUGCUUUAGGAAAUUUUGGAAGCUUGGAAUAUGAAGAAUGGUCAAGUCACACUCAGGCAUGGAAAUUGGAGUCAGUUGCUAUAAUUGAGCCUCCAUGUAACUUCAUUAUAUCUUCUCAUGCUAGAGGGAAAAAAAGGCCAAGAUGGGCACUUAUUGACAAGGCAUACAUGCAUAACACGUGGAGAUCAUCGCAAUCCUCAUAUCACCGGUUUUGUACGGAUGACAAUAUAUCUCCGUCGGAGCACUUGCUCCUAUUGAUGGAGGAUCUUCUAAAUCUCUCUUUGCACAACUAUGAAACUAUUCGCUCGUUUGCUGGAAGAUCUCUUUCAAAAAUGUUGAAGCGAUGGCCAUCAUUAGUUUCCAAGUGUGUCCUCAUACUGAGUGCAAAAUUGCAGGAUUCAAGAGCUCCAGAACAUUUAGUACUAGGUUCUUGCUCAGUUCUUUCAACUCAAACUGUUUUCAGGCAUUUGGCAGUGAAUGCAGCUUCGUUCUCAGCAUUUAUCAUUGGUCUGCUAACUAGCUCCCACCAUGAGUCAUUGAAAGCUCAAAAAGCUAUUAUUGAGUUGUUUGUUAAAUACAACAAUCAUUUCUCUGGAAUAUCGAGAAGUUUUUUCAAGGCUUCAGAUGCUGAAUCAGGGGAGUUAGAAAUUAUCAAGUUAAUAUCCCAAAUUAGUUCCUUGGGCUUUGAGAACACAGGCUUGCAUUGGAGGUAUAAUUUGAUGGCUAACAGAGUAUUGCUGUUGCUUACUUUGGCUUCUAGAAGUGAUUCACAUCUAUUUUUAAAAAUCUUAGGGGAAACUGCAGGUCAUUUUCUCAGAAAUUUGAAAAGUCAACUUCCGCAGUCAAGAAUACUUGCAGUAUCUGCCUUAAAUACUUUAUUGCAAGGCCCACCUCACAAAAUCCCGAGUCAGGAGCUGCUACGAACUACUGGAGGAGUAUUGAGUGAAAUACUAAUGGAGGAUGGAUUUUUCCAUGAGAUGAUGAACCUUUCCCAUGUCAUCCUUUCAAAGCUGUUGGUGAAAGGAGAGUCAUCCUUCCAAAGCCUUGCUGAUAAAGCCAUCACUGUUUUCUAUUUUGAUUUCUUAGCUUCAUGGCCAAUGACCCCAAAUUGGAUAUCAUUUUAUGGAGGAGAUAGUUUCUAUUCAAAGAUACAGGAGUGUGGAAUGCCAGCUCUGAAGGCCUUUCAACACACUUUAGAUGAAUUUUCUAGUGCAAAAGAGAGACCAAAGCAGUGUGUCGCUGCUGAAGUGAUGGCUGGUAUUCUUCAUUCUGAUGUUAAUGGCCUUUCAGAAGCAUGGAAUGAGUGGCUGAUGGAUCAACUUCACAAGAUUAUGGUGGCCCCCUCUGUAGAGACAAUACCUGAUUGGGCAGCUUGUAUACGCUAUGCAGUCACUGGAAAAGGGAGAUAUGGAAAAAGAAUUCCUCUGUUGAGAAAGCAAAUAUUAGACUGCUUAAUAGCACCUUUACCCCAAACGGCAACAACUAGUGUAGUUUCAAAAAGGUAUGCUUUCCUGUCAGUUGCACUUGCUGAAAUAUCUCCACCCAGAAUGCCCAUUGGUGAAUUUCACUUCCAUUGCCAACUCUUGGAAGAAUUAUUGGAGAAUAUGAGUCAUCCAUCUGCCCAAGUGAGGGAAGCCAUAGGCGUAACACUUUCAGUCCUGUGUUCGAAUUUAAGGCUUAAUUCAGCAUCAAUGGAUCCUUCCUUUAAUAAGGUUGACUAUGUAGAGUUGCUUGAAUUGCCCCAAAAAGAAGCUUGGAUAAAUGUCCUAACUGAGGGGGUUUCUGAGUUGGCUGUGAAUAUCCUAAGCACAAAUCAUUGGGAAAGCAUUGAGAUCAAUGGAGAAGAAACUUUUGAGAAUGCCUCUAUUAGUAAGGAAGUUAAGGCAGAUAUCAGAAAAAUGGAGACGGUGUUCCAUUUUAUUAUUUCAUCUUUGAAAUCUGGAAGAUCAUCUUAUAUGUUAGACAUAAUUGUCAAGCUCCUCUAUCCGGUUAUUUCAUUACAGGAAACAUCAAACAAAGAUUUGUCAGUGCUAGCUAAAGCGGCUUUUGAAUUACUGAAAUGGAUGCCAUUACCUCAAGCUUUCUUGGAAAGUGCUGUUUCCGUGGUUCUUUCUUUAGUUAUUAAUCCUAAUUGGCGAAUAAGAUCGGCAUCUCUUACAUAUCUUCGCAUCUUUAUGUAUAGACACAUUUUUAUCCUUUCAAGAGCACAAAGAAAAGAAAUAUGGGACCAUAUUGAAAAGCUACUUGUGGACAACCAAGUCGAGGUUAGAGAACAUGCUGCAGGUGUUCUUGCAGGACUAAUGAAGGGUGGAGAUGAGCACUUAUCUAAGGCUUUUCGGGAAAGAUCAUAUGCAGAUGCUACAGUAGUCAUCAUGAAGCGAAAGCUAAGAAAUUCUCGCUCUGAUCAAUCUAUAGCUUCUACACAUGGUGCUGUUCUUGCAUUGACUGCAUCAGUGUUAUCAGUUCCUUAUGACAUGCCAAGCUGGCUUCCGGAUCACUUAACACUACUAGCCAAAUUUAUCGGUGAACCAUCACCCAUCAAAUCCACCGUGACAAAAGCAGUUGCAGAGUUUCGGAGAACCCAUGCAGAUACUUGGAACAUUCACAAGGCUGCAUUUAGUGAAGAACAACUCGAGGUUCUUGCGGACACUACCACUUCUUCAUACUUUGCCUGAUAUGUUAACGUGGGAGACAAACGUUGACUGGGAAAUGAGACAUUCGUCUUUAUUGUCAUUUAAUUGUAAUAAAAAUAAAAGUAUUUAUUGCCCCUAUUCUAAACUAUUAUUCGUUUAAGAUUUAUGUGAUUGAAUUAUUCUGUAUUUCUUAUGCACUCAUAAAAAUCCCGUCUAUUGUAUUCGCUUUUUCUUCAAAA